GAAAAAAGAGAGCAUGCACUGCAUAUAUAGUACGAUACGCCUUUUUACUUCUAUUCUUGCUUGUUAAGAAAUCCAUUUGCACUAUUCAACUUUCUGCAUUUUCAUGUUGCUACUUAGUUCAGUGAAAUCAUCUUGAAAACAUUUUGAAAACAUCUUGAAAUCAUCUUGAAAACAUAAUGAAUCGUUCAAUUUCAAGUUCAAGUAAGAGAAAUGCUAGUUAUUACCAUGAUCAGCCCUUCCUAAACACUGUGUUUUCAUGGUCUCUUGAAGACAUUUUCAACGAAGAUCUUUACGCCAACAAGGUUGAUUAUAUUGAUUUAUCGUUUGAUUCUUUGGAGAAAUAUUUUCAGUCGUUUGUGUAUCCCUUAUUGGAUGAAACUAGAGCGCAACUAUGUUCCAGUAUGGAAAUUUUAUCUAGUUCGCCUUAUGCUGAAGUGGUUUCUCUUGAUCAUUCACGAUCGCAUUCAUAUGGUAGGAAUCACUAUGUUGUUAAAACUGAUACUUGGAAAAAUAGGUCUUCUGGUCAUGGAAAAGAGUUGUAUAAAACAUUGUCUGGAGAUGUUUUUAUUUUGGCUGAUUUUAAGCCGGAAACUGUUAAUGAUUUGCAAAGGUCGGGAAGGAUGUGGAGUUUUGUGUUGUCUGCGGGGAUUCUUGAUGAAGAGAUUAAGGAUGAUGAUGAUGAUGGUGAUGUUAAAGUUAUGACUACUUUUAAAGUGAUCGCUUCUAAAGAUAUUGACAUUGAUGAAAUGGGGCAAAAGUCUUUGUUUAUUAUGUUCUUGACGAAUAUAACUCCUAAUAGAAGAAUAUGGAAUGCACUGCAUAUGAAUGGAGAUUCAAAGCUGAUCCGGAAGAUUUUAUGUGCGGGUGAUGUGGUUGAGGAAAGUUGCGAUUAUUGUUCUCCGAAGACUAUCGCUCUUAGGGAUGAUGAAACAUAUCAAAGGUUGUCAUCUGAGUUGAAUGAGUCACAAAAUAAGGCUAUUUGUGCUUGCCUUUCUUCCUUUCAUUGCAAUCAUAACUCUACUGUGGAUCUUAUUUGGGGUCCACCGGGAACCGGGAAAACAAAAACUUUGGGCACAUUGCUUUAUGCUCUUUUGAAAAUGAACUGUAGGACACUUGUUUGUGCUCCGACAAAUGUUGCUAUUAAGGAAGUGGCAUCGCGUGUCUUGAGCAUGGUGAGAGAAUCGUUUGAUAGAAAUGCGGAUGCUAUGAUCUGUAAUUUAGGAGACAUAAUAUUAUUUGGGAAUCAUGAGAGGCUCAAAGUUGGUGGAGAAAUUGAAGAGAUAUAUUUGGACUAUCGAGUAAAGCAACUCGUACAGUGUUUUACUCCGCCUAAUGGUUGGAAAUAUUGUUUUGCUUCAAUGAUUGAUCUUCUUGAAGAUUGUGUUUCCCAUUAUCAUAUAUUCAUCGAGAAUGAGAUGAGAAGGGAACAAGAUGAAGUUGAUGAUGAUAGUAAUUCUAACAGGGCCAAAGAUGACAAAUCUUCUGAUUCUGGUGUGAUCAUGCACAAAUCUUUUCUUGAGUUUGUAAGAGAAAGGUUUCUGUCUAUAGCAUCACCACUCAAAGACUCUAUAUCUAUCUUAUGCACGCAUAUAGCCAGAAGUUUUAUUAUGGAACAUAACAUGAAAGAAUUGGAUUGUCUUAUCUGUUAUCUCGAUUCAUUUCAAGCUUUGCUGUUGGAAAAUAAUAUUGUUUCUGAAGUAUUGGAAGAGUGUUUCUCUCCGGAAAGUGAACUUAAUUCUUUAGAGUCAGUUGCAGGUGCUGAACUAUCAUUACACCUAAUUAGAACCGAAUGCCUGACUCUAUUAAAAACUCUUAAAGUUUCACUUGGUAACCUCAAUCUGCCAGAUGUUGGGACUGAAGAGUCAAUCAGAGAGUUUUGCUUAAAAGCAUCUUCCUUAAUAUUUUCCACAGCUUCUAGUUCUUUUAAGCUGCAUUCUGUUGCCAUGGAGCCACUUGACAUUUUAGUGAUUGAUGAAGCUGCCCAAUUGAAGGAAUGUGAAUCAAUCAUUCCUCUACUACUUCCUGACAUAAACCAUGCUAUUCUUGUUGGAGAUGAAUGCCAGCUACCAGCAAUGGUUGAAAGUGUUGUUUCUCUUGAAGUUGGUUUUGGAAGAAGCUUAUUUGCGAGGUUGAGCACAUUGGGUCACCCAAAUCACUUCCUCAAUAUACAGUACAGGAUGCAUCCGGCCAUAAGCUCUUUUCCAAACUCACGGUUCUAUUUGAAUCAAAUUCUUGACGCUCCAAACGUUAUUGCAAAGAACUACAGGAAGCAAUAUCUCCCAGGGAAAAUGUUUGGUCCUUGUUCUUUUAUAAAUAUAAUUGGUGGAGCCGAAGAAUUUGAUGAUGCUGGACGAAGUCGGAAAAAUAUGGUUGAAGCAGCAGUUGUUAUGAAAAUAAUUAAAAACUGUUUUAGAGGUUGGUUUGGCUCAAACGAGCACAUUAGUAUAGGUGUAGUGUCACCAUAUGCUGCACAAGUGGUUGCAAUUCAGGACAUGCUGGGACAGAAGUAUGAUAAGCAUGAAGAUUUCGAUGUGAAGGUGAAAACAAUUGAUGGUUUUCAGGGUGGAGAGCAAGAUAUUAUCAUCUUAUCAACUGUUAGAACUGAUUGCACUUCUCCACUUCAGUUUAUUUCUAAUAACCAGAGGACAAAUGUUGCUCUUACUAGGGCUAGGCAUUGUCUAUGGAUAUUGGGAAAUGAAAGGACACUAAUUAGUCAGGAAAAUGUGUGGAAAGCUUUGGUGCAUGACGUUAAAAAACGCCAAUGUUUCUUCAAUGCUGAUGAAGACAAGGAUUUAGCGAAAAGUAUCUGGGAUGCCAAGAAAGAGCUGGAUCAACUUGAUGAUUUGCUUAAUGCUGAUAGUGUCGUUUUUAGAAACUCUAGGUGGAAGGUUCUUUUUAGUGAUAAUUUUCUAAAGUCAUUUAAAAGUCUUCCAUCAAAGAGGAAAAAGAAGUCAAUCCUUAACCUCUUACUCAAACUCUCCGGUGGGUGGAGACCAAAGAAGAUAAAAGUGGACCUGCUUUGUGGAAAUUCUUCCCAGAUGUUAAAGCAAUAUAAAGUUGAAGGUCUUUUUGUUGUUUGUUCAAAGGACAUAGUAAAAGAAUUGAAUUUCACUCAAGUUUUAAGGAUAUGGGAUAUACUGCCGACUGAGGAUGUUCCUACAGUAGUGAAACGUCUGGAUAGUAUUUUUGGAAGCUAUACUGAUGAUUUUAUAAGUCGCUGCAGCGAGCAGUCUUUUGAGGGGAAAAUGGAGGUUCCGGUGUGUUGGGGAAAAUCAACAGAAAUCAUCAAAAUUAAGAAUCUUGAUAAUAGUGGAAAUGAAGCAGAAUCGAGUUGUUGUGACCGAAGAAUUUAUGUUGAGAAUUCCAAGGUCGAGGAGAGUUUUCUGCUGAUGAAAUUCUAUUCUUUAUCAUCUGUUGUGGUUAACCACUUACUUUCUGAUCGUAAUAGUAAUGAACUGGAACUUCCGUUUGAGGUAUCAGAUGAAGAACAUGACAUAAUACUCUUCUCCAGAAGUACAUUUGUACUGGGUCGCUCUGGUACUGGGAAAACCACCGUCUUGACCAUGAAAUUAUUUAAAAAGGAGGAAUUGCACCAUGCUGCUCUUGAAAACGCAUAUGGAAUUAAGAGGUCUGAAGUUCCUUGUUUGAGUUACUCUGAAGAGGAUAAAGACAGCUCUUCUGUGAAUUGCAGACCUGUCUUACACCAAUUAUUUGUAACAGUGAGUCCUAAACUAUGUCAAGCAGUGAAACACCAGGUUGUUAGAAUGAGAAGAUUCAUAUGUGGUGGGGAUAUUUCUGACAAAAGCUGCUCUAUUGAGGAAGAUAUGGCUGAUGUUGAUACAUCAAUACAGUUUAAGAACGUACCCGACUCUUUUGUUAAUCUUCCCGCUAAUUCAUAUCCACUUGUGAUAACAUUUAAGAAAUUUCUAAUGAUGCUUGAUGGAACUGUGGGGAAUUCUUAUUUUGAAAGAUUUAGUGAACUAUCUUCUGAGAACCUUGGUGCAAGAUCUGUUGCUUUGGAGACUUUUAUAAGGAAGAAGGAAGUGACUUAUGACCGGUUUGAUUUAUUAUACUGGCCGCAUUUCAAUUCCCAACAUACCAAGACGUUAGAUUCAUCCAGAGUGUUUAGAGAAAUUGUGUCACAUAUAAAAGGCGGUCUUCAAUCUGUGGAGUCUGAUGAAGGGAAGUUAAGUCGUCAGGAUUAUCUUUCAUUGUCUGAAAACCGAGCGUCAAGUUUAAGCAAGCAGAAGAGGGAGAUCAUUUAUGAUAUUUAUCAAAGUUAUGAGAGAAUGAAGAUGGAUAAAGGGGAUUUUGAUUUGGCUGAUAUCGUUGCUGACCUUCAUCGCCGACUCCGAAUUAACAAAUAUGAGGGGGAUGAAAUGCACUAUGUAUACAUUGACGAAGUGCAGGAUCUAACCAUGAGUCAAAUUGCUUUAUUUAAACAUGUGUGUCAAAAUGUAGAAGAGGGUUUUGUUUUUUGCGGGGAUACUGCACAGACCAUAGCCAGGGGAAUAGAUUUUAGAUUUCAGGAUAUCAAGACUCUCUUUUACAAGAAGUUCAUGCUAGAAUCAAAGAGAAGUGCUUAUAACCAAGGAAAGGAUAAAGGGAAAGUUUCGGAAACAUUUUUGUUGAAUCAGAACUUUCGGACUCAUGCUGGAGUGCUUAAGUUGUCUCAGAGCACCAUUGAGCUUCUUUUCCGUUUUUUCCCUCACUCGAUCGAUGUUUUAAAGCCUGAGACAAGUUUGAUAUACGGGGAAGCUCCUGUUGUUCUUGAUUGUGGAAGCAGAGAAAAUGCUAUUGUAACUAUUUUUGGCAACACUGGACAUGAUGGUGGGAAAAUUGUCGGCUUCGGAGCUGAGCAAGUAAUAUUGGUACGUGAUGAUUGUGCUCGGAAGGAAAUUUUAGACUAUGUUGGGAAACAGGCUCUUGUUUUAACUAUUGUGGAAUGCAAAGGGCUUGAGUUUCAGGAUGUAUUACUGUACAACUUUUUUGGAACUUCACCUUUGAAAAAUCGAUGGAGAGUGAUUUAUGAGUACAUGAGUGAACAAGAUAUGUUGGAACCAACAGAAUCCAAGUCUUUUCCAAGGUUCAAUGAUUCUAAACACAAUAUUUUGUGUUCAGAACUGAAACAGUUGUAUGUGGCUAUAACUCGUACAAGACAGAGAUUGUGGAUAUGCGAGAAUGCAGAAGAAUAUUGUAGACCUAUGUUUGAUUAUUGGAAAAGGAAGUGUCUUGUACAAUUCAAAGAACUGGAUGAUUCACUUGCUCAGGCAAUGAAAGUUGCAAGUAGUCCUGAAGAAUGGAAGUCACGUGGCAAAAAGUUAUAUUAUCAAAAUAACUAUGAGAUGGCAACAAUGUGUUUUGAAAGAGCAGGGGACUCUUAUUGGGAAAAAAAGUCCAAGGCUGCCGGUCUCAGAGCAACUGCAAAUCGUUUACAUGACCUGAAUCCUGAAGAUGCAAACGCAAUCCUUAGGGAAGCUGCUGAAAUUUUUGAAAGCAUAGGAAUGGCUGAGUCUGCUGCCCAGUGUUUUUCUGAUUUGGGAGAUUAUGAAAGAGCUGGGAAAAUUUACUUUGAAAAAUGUGAAGAGCCUGAUUUUAAAAGGGCAGGAGAUUGCUUUUAUUUAGCUUGUUGUUAUGAAAUGGCAGCUCAAGUGUAUGCUAGAGGAAGUUUCUUCUCUGACUGUUUGAAUGUUUGUGCCAAAGGUGGAUUGUUUGACAUUGGCUUGCAUUACGUUCAGUAUUGGAAACAAAAUAAGAGUGCUGACCCUGGUUGGGCUAAUAAUCAUGACCUAUAUGCAAUUGAACAAAAAUUUCUGGAGAAUUGUGCCCUUAGUUAUUUUGACAAGAAAGAUAUCAAAUCCAUGAUGAAAUUUGUUAAAGCUUUUCAUUCAAUGGAUUUGAAGCGUGAUUUCUUAAAAUCAUUAAACUUACUUGGUGAGCUUCUUGAAUUAGAAGAGGAGUCAGGCAACUAUAUGGAGGCUGUACACAUUGCUAAGAUGAUAGGUGAUGUUAUCCGUGAGGCUGAUUUGCUAGGAAAAGCUGGUGAAUCCUUGGAAGCAUAUGAGCUUGUGUUUUUCUAUGUUCUUUCAAAUUCUCUUUGGUCUGGUGGGAGCAAAGCAUGGCCCUUAAAGCCGUUUACACAGAAGGCCGAGCUUUUGGGAAGAGCAUUAACAUUUGCAAAGGGAGUGUCAAGUAGCUUUUAUGAGCUUGCAUCUGCAGAAGCUGAAAUACUAUCAAAUAAGCAUGACAACAGUGUUGAAAUAAUGAAUCAGUUGAAAUCUUCUCGCAUCCAUAGGAGUAUCAGAGGGGAAAUAUUAUGUUUGUGGAAACUGCUUGAUUCUCAUUUUCGGCUGAAUUCAUCGAAGUAUGUCUGGCACGACAAUAUGUUUGGAGUUUCUAUUGAAGGUAUGAUUACAAAGAAUCAUUUUUCUGUGGAGACAUUGUUUUAUUGUUGGACAUGUUGGAAGGAUAACAUUGUUCAAAUGCUGGAUUUCCUUUCAAAUUUCAAAACUCUAGAGCCUCAGCAGCAGCAAAGCAGUUAUGUCAAGUUUGCAUUGAAUUACUUGGGUGUUCAGAAGCAGAUUUACAAUCAACAGGACAUGUACCUUUUGCUCAUCCCUGAUGCUAACUGGGUGAUGAAAUUGGGAGAUAAAUUUCUAAAGCAGAAUGGUAGGAUAGUUUCUGUUGAUGUUCAACAUUUAGUCUCUUAUGCUCAGAGCUAUUGGAGUUCAGAAUUAUUAUCUGUUGGCAUGGAUGUCUUGCGCAACCUCGAUGCACUCUACAAUUUUUCAGUUAAUAAAGCUUUUUCCGAGUUCCGUCAAGUAGAGUCUUUAUUGCAUAUCUAUGAGGUCUCAAAGUUUCUUCUCAAGUCAAAAUGUUUUAGCCACGGCCACGGUAACUUGAAAACAUUGGAGACAUUUUACAGGCUGCCAAUUGAGUGUUUAUUCCGCCAUGUAAAUCCCCUUGACUGGAAGAAAUCACUGGAAAAAGAAAUGGUUUAUCAAAGAAUAUCUGAAGUUUGGCAGGAAAUUAUGAAAGAGGUCAUCUAUGAAAACACUAAACAAAAAGGUAAAUUGACCUAUGGUCUAAUUGGAAGGGUGGUAGUUAUGAUUCUUGGCACAGCAAAUGUUAAAGAUGAACUGUUUGUGCAAAUUUUGACAAAGUUUGAAGCUAACAAACCAUGGGAAGAUUUCAUUCAGAGCUUACGUUUGUGUUCAGAACAUGAACAUGUGCCGGGAAAUAAAGCGGUUUUAGAGAUGCAUCGUAUGGUUAAGCUUCAGGAAGCAUUGGAGAAUACUUGCAGUGUGGAUUGGAUCAAGGAAAAUGACUAUAUAGCUCCCGGUUGCUUUAUGUAUCUUGUUGAGCGGUUACUGCUAUUGACAUCAUGCUUGAAGGGGUCCAUUUAUGCUACGAAGUCAUCUUUCAUUGAAUGGGUUAUUAGUCAAAAUGAAAAUUCUCUUACAAAUUUGAGUUUUAUGGCCGUACAAUGGCAAGACAUGAGCGAUGUCCAUCAUUUCGUUGCGAGUAUCCUCUGUGAGUUUGUCUGCGACGAACGUAGUACCCAAACCUGGAUUAAAAGAUCGAACUUGAAUGUGAAUAAUUAUUUUCCUUCGCUUCUUCUGAGAUUGGUUGUUUCGAUUUGUUUGCUUCAUCUCAGCUCUGGCAGUGGGAAAUAUUUGCAGUUACUUCGCAAUUUGUUGGGGAAGAAAAACAUAACCACUCAACUGCCAUUGGAGUUUUUCAAUAUUCUUCAAAAGGGAAAGAAACACUUUGGUUUGGAAGUCUUUGCCGAGGCAUUUAGAGUAAUUGGCAACCCCUUGGUAAUUGCCAAACUCAGGAACACUUCUUCCCAAAUUGCUUGUCCAGAUGCUGUGUUUGUGGAUUUAACAACAUGCCGAAAAAGAGAGGUCAUACUAGAAACAUUAUUUCCUAGUGUAGUUGACAAUGUGGGUGGGGAAACCGCAGGAGUAACAGGUGAUGCAGAUACUUCUGUUUCAGAUCAGGCCUUGGAUGGACAGAUCAAAGAUGGAAAGACCAAUGCUGAGUCCGAUCCAUCUCAAGCCAGCUCUGCAGUAGGGAAUCAUGAUCAACAUAGGCAAAAUGUCCUGAAGGAAUCAAAAGAUACUGCGGCCGAUAAUUCUUAUGAUGCAGUAAAGUCAGGAGAUGUAAAGGCCAAGGAAACUAACAAGGGGAAGAAAAACAAUUCCAAGAAAAGGAAGGGGAGAAAGGGGGGUAAGAAGUGAAAUUUGUCAGGUCUUUUGUUCAUACAAUUGCUGUAGUAAUAUUUAUGCUUAAACUGCAAACUGUCUGGCUAUGGUAUUUCCUGAUUGUGGAAUCUUUGCAGUAAACUUUUGAAAAGUACUUUGAAGAUUUAUUAUUGAUAUGAAAAUGCAGUGGCGUUUGUUUUA